AUGACUUCGGAGACACAAGAGAAGUUCAUCCCUCAUUUUGUACGCGCGCGGAUUCCUGGAUAUCGUGGAGCGCGUGUCGGAUGUCUCGUUAUCAUAGCCAUGUGGGUCAUCCUCUACUUUUGGGGGGUCACCCAACUAGUUGAUGGUAUUCUGGACUGGUUGUCCUACGGCAGAUCAUCUGCUGUUGUCCAAAUUGGCGUGGCUAUUGCUGCUACGACUGUUUCGACUGUUGUAGCUGAUCAGGUCGAAUUCGGAACGUUGAAAUAUUACUCCCUUUGUGCGUUUGGAGGAGUUUUAUCUUGUGGAAUUACUCACACCGCUAUUGUUCCUCUUGACCUUGUGAAAUGUCGUAUCCAGGUAAAUCCAGAAAAAUACAAGAACAUCGUCACUGGAUUCCGCACAACCGUCGCUGAGGAAGGAGGUCGCGCUCUUGCCAAGGGAUGGGCUCCAACUUUCAUCGGAUAUUCACUCCAAGGUCUAGGAAAGUUCGGAUUUUACGAAGUCUUCAAGAAUCUCUACUCGGAAUUGCUCGGCGAGGGUAUUGUUCCUCUUUGGCUGCGUCAGAUCCCAUACACCAUGAUGAAGUUCGCUUGCUUCGAGCGCACUGUAGAAAUGCUGUACAAAUAUGUGGUACCUAAGCCUCGUUCACAAUGUUCCAAACCUGAACAGCUUGUGGUCACAUUUAUUGCCGGUUACAUUGCUGGAGUAUUCUGCGCCAUCGUUUCUCACCCAGCUGACACUGUAGUAUCGAAGCUUAACCAGGAUGCUGGCUCUGGAAUUGGCGGUAUCAUCAAGAAGCUUGGUUUCGCAGGCUUGUGGAAGGGUCUAUUCCCCCGUAUUAUCAUGAUCGGUACACUAACAGCAGCACAAUGGUUCAUUUAUGACUCAGUGAAGGUAGCACUUCACCUCCCACGUCCACCUCCACCGAGCAUGCCAGAAUCUCUUAGACUAAAAUUGGAGGCGGCUGGGAAACUUCAUUAA